UUCAGGCCGCACUAAACAUGCUCUUCCAUUAGAUGGCAGGUAUAACCACUAAUCAAUUAUUAUCUAUCAAUAAAAUUGGAACCAGUGUUUAUAUUGAUUUGUUGAAAGGCUUCUGUUUUGCAACAAUACUUACAUUCACAUCAUUUGUUUCCAGUCGUGCAAAGACGGUAUUUCCCCUCCUCUGUCGUCACCAGCCAGUCACGAUCGGGGCUCCUUAACGUGUCAUUUCCAUGUUCAUGUUUCUCCUCCUCCCCCUCGUCCGGAUUGCGAGGAUUUUUAUUUCGCAUGUAAUAGUUAUACAUUAAAAUAACAGUCGUGUGUUUGUGUGGGUGCGCAAUCGUGGUCCAACCACUCCCUCUCUACCUGGAUACAUGUGAAGCGGGAUGCAUGCGACGGGCGGCGGAGCGACUGACAGCGAUGCCGCAGACAGCCAGCACUGUGCAGCGGAGAGGAUGGAGAGGACGCCCGCGGGGGAGCUGCAGCGUCGGAGCGACGACCAGCAUCAGGGACCCUCUUCAGCAACAUGCGGCGUGUUCGAUAAAUUGUUUGGAAAGAGGCUACUACAGGCCAGACACUACAUAUUGUCAAGGAAGUCCUGGCUGAAGAUGGUUCCCACGGAAAACUGCGACAUCCUGAUGACAUUCCCAGAUUCAGUGGAUGACCACACUUUGCUGUGGCUCCUGAACCAGAUCCGUGUUGGAGUCCCACAAGUCAGUAUUCAAGUCCGACAGCAUAAACAUACGCAGGCUUAUGCCUUCUUCAUCACCACCACGUUUGAGAAUUUACUGCGGGGAGCGGAACAGAUGAGCAUGCACAAGGCUGUCAAGCCACAGUUUGGUGGCGGGAUGCGACGCUUUUCUUGCGAAGAGGACAACAUCUAUGAAAACAUCGAGAGCGAGCUCUGCUUUUUUACUUCGCAGGAGCGUCAGAGCAUCAUCAAGUAUUGGCUAGACAACCUGCGAGCCAAACAGGGAGAAGUGCUUCACAACAUUCACUUUCUGGAGGGACAACCUAUUAUUCCAGAGCUGGUAGCCCGUGGUGUGAUCCAUCAGAUGUUUCCUCUACACGAGCAGAGGAUCCUUAAUCAGCUGAUGACAUCAUGGGUCCAGGCUGUUUGUGAAAGGCAGCCUCUGGACGAUAUCUGCGACUACUUUGGAGUGAAGAUCGGCAUGUACUUUGCCUGGCUUGGUUUCUACACCAACUCUAUGCUUUACCCUGCUGUCAUUGGCUUUCUCCUGUGGAUACUUGCAGAAGCUGAUCAGACCAGCCAGGAUAUUUGCUGUGUGGUGUUUGCGCUCUUCAAUGUUGUGUGGGCAACCUUGUUUUUGGAGCGCUGGAAGAGGCGAGAAGCCGAGUUGGCCUACAGGUGGGGGACCCUUGACACCCCUGCAGAGUCCUUGGAGGAGCCAAGACCGCAGUUCAGGGGCGUAAAACGCUGUAGUCCCAUAACAGGCUGUGAAGAGUUCUACUAUCCACCAUGGAAGAGGGCAAUGUUCAGAUGGCUAGUCAGCCUCCCCAUCUGCCUCCUUUGUCUCUGUUUUGUCUUCCUCGUCAUGCUCCUCUGUCUGGAACUACAGGAAGUGGUAAUGGAGAUUCAGGAGAUUCCUGGCAUCACAAGAUUUAUUCCCAAGAUCCUGCUGGCCAUCACUGUAACCAUAUGUGAUGAGGUUUAUAAGAAGAUUGCCUAUUGGCUCAAUGACAUGGAAAACUAUAGACUUCAGAGUGCCUAUGACAAUAAUCUCAUCAUCAAGAUGGUUUUUUUUGAGUUCAUCAAUUCUUACCUAAGUCUUUUCUACAUUGGAUUCUACCUCAAGGAUAUGGAGCGACUAAAGGAGAUGCUUGCGACACUAUUGAUUUUCCGUCAGUUCCUCCAGAACAUUAAGGAGGUCCUCCAGCCUUACCUCUACGAACAAAACAAGCUGGGUGUCUUCACCCCCAAGGUGCUGUGGGAGCUUCUACAAGCCAUCAUGCUCAAGUAUGGCCGCCUGGCUCUGGGAAAGGCCCAAGCGUCAAUGACGGCUUACUCCUUCUUGGGACCCAGAGGACUCCCGGCCAGUGACAGCACCGGUGUCGACACUCAGCUAAAGACGAGAGGGGAUUUGAAAGCUGGAUUUAGGCUGACGGAAGAAGAGUGGGAUAUGAAUGACAGUGCGCUGAAGCAACGAAAAGUCAGCUUCACAGAGAAGGUUGACUACCAGGAUGUCGCCGCGGAAGGGCAGACGGCAGAUGACAACUUCCCAGAGGACAGCCCUACUCUGGUAGAGGACGGAAUGGAUCCAUCCAGCAUUUUUGACAGUUGUGAUGAGGACAGCGACCUUGAAUUGCUGGCUCAGGACACCAAAGAGAUUAGCGCCGUAUCCUCUUCAAAAGAAUCAAAUGGUCUCCGUCAGAGAAGAAAGACCAUGGAUGAGGCCAAAGAGGAAAAGAAAUCUUGGAUGGAUCCACCAGAAGAACCCCAAACCGUCACUCUAGCGCAGGCUGAGAUUGAAAGCUGUAUGCAGACGUAUGAGGAUACACUUCAGGACUACCAGGAGAUGUUCAUUCAAUUUGGUUACGUGGUGCUUUUCUCCUCUGCGUUUCCUCUGGCGGCCAUGUGCGCGCUCAUCAACAAUAUCAUCGAAAUCCGUAGUGAUGCCCUCAAGCUCUGUACAGGCCUGCAGAGGCCAUUUGGCCAAAGGGUGGAGAACAUCGGGCAAUGGCAGACUGCAAUGGAGGCUAUGGGAUUGAUAGCCAUUAUUGUUAACUGUUACCUGAUUGGUCAGUGUGGUCAGCUCCAGCGUCUUUUCCCCUGGUUGAGUCCUGAGAUGACUGUCAUCUCCAUUGUUUUGCUGGAGCACUUUGCCAUCCUCCUAAAGUACGUCAUCCAUGUUGCCAUCCCUGAUAUCCCCGCUUGGGUAGCAGAAGAGAUGGCCAAGCUAGAAUACCGACGAAGGGAAGCUUUCAAGAGGCAUGAACUACAGGCACAGCAACAUUUCCAGCAGCAGCUCAGACGUCGCCGCGAGGAGGAGGACCUUCAGCGUCAGGCGGAGGCGCGUCAGGAGUGCCAUAAGUCAGACGCUCAUCACCAGCACCACCAUGAAAAAGCGGCGGGCGGAAAACCCAAAAGACCCAGCUCACUGCUCGGAAAUAACAAUGUGAUGAAGCUGAAGCAGAUCAUUCCCCUUCAGGGUAAGUUCUCCGGCAGCUCCCGCUCCCCUGCUCAGUCCCCCACCGGUGGAGAGGCGAAGCUGCCGGGGUUCCUCAAGUUUUUAAAGUCGACAGAGGUGAAAAAAGAACCAGCUACAGCUGCGGGAUCACCAGGAUCAACGGGGAGCUCUUCGGCGACCUCUAGCGGCCAGGAGCGAAAUCAAUCUCCAAACAGGACAUUCAGUCCGGGUAAGCUGUUCAGUUUCAGCAAGUCGGAGGCAACGGUAGUGUGUGCUAAUGGAACGCAGCCUCCCGGCCAGCCGGACAGUUGCCAUGCCAACAAGGCUGACCUCAACUCGACUCAUGAGGAAUUGCCAUCAAAUGAGUCUGAUAAAGGAGAGGCUGACUUAGAAAGCUCAGGCUCAAAGAAUUAAUAAGCAUUUUGAGUGUAAAACAAAAAAAAAAGAAGAGGACUAGGUAUUGCACCUGCACAGUAGUGACACAUGUCAAGUCUGGCCUAUGGAAAGUCGUUUAAAGCC